CCAGAGGCAGACACGCACCAUGGGGCGACUGGAGCUGGUUGUCUUGAGCCUCGCCUGCUGCUGGGCGGUGGCGAGCUCCGCCAAGCUGGGCGCCGUGUACACAGAAGGUGGUUUCGUGGAAGGCGUCAACAAGAAGCUUGGUCUCUUGGGUGACUCGGUGGACAUCUUUAAGGGCAUCCCCUUCGCUGCCCCCACCAAGGCCUUGGAGAACCCCCAGCGACACCCUGGCUGGCAAGGGACCCUGAAGGCCAAGAGCUUCAAGAAGCGAUGCCUGCAGGCCACCAUCACCCAGGACAACACCUACGGGGAUGAAGACUGCCUGUACCUCAACAUCUGGGUCCCCCAGGGCAGGAAGCAAGUCUCCCGGGACCUGCCUGUCAUGAUCUGGAUCUACGGAGGUGCCUUCCUCAUGGGGGCCGGCCACGGGGCCAACUUCGGCAACAACUACCUGUAUGACGGGCAGGAGAUCGCCACGCGUGGCAACGUCAUUGUGGUCACUUUCAACUACCGUGUCGGCCCCCUUGGCUUCCUGAGCACUGGGGACGCCAAUCUGCCAGGUAACUAUGGUCUUCGGGACCAACACAUGGCCAUCGCAUGGGUGAAGAGGAACAUCGUGGCCUUCGGCGGGGACCCCAACAACAUCACCAUCUUUGGGGAGUCAGCUGGAGCUGCCAGUGUCUCUCUGCAGACCCUCUCCCCCUACAACAAGGGCCUCAUCCGGCGAGCCAUCAGCCAGAGUGGUGUGGCGCUGAGCCCCUGGGUCAUCCAGAAGAACCCACUCUUCUGGGCCAAAAGGGUGGCCGAAAAGGUAGGCUGCCCCGUGGACGAUACCGCCCGGAUGGCCAAGUGUCUGAAGGUCACUGACCCCCGAGCCCUGACACUGGCCUAUAAGAUGCCCCUGGCAGGCAUGGAGUACCCCAUGCUGCACUAUCUGGGCUUUGUCCCUGUCAUCGAUGGAGACUUUAUCCCCGAUGACCCUGUCAACCUAUAUGCCAACGCCGCCGACAUCGACUACAUAGCAGGGACCAACAACAUGGACGGACACAUCUUUGCCACCAUUGACAUGCCGGCCAUCAAAAAGGAUAACAAGGAGGUCACAGAUGAGGACUUCUACAAGCUGGUCAGCGGGCUCACCAUCACCAAGGGGCUCAGAGGCGCCAAGUCCGCCUUUGAUGUCUAUACCGCGUCCUGGGCCCAAAACCCAACUCAAGAGACCAAGAAGAAGACCGUGGUGGACUUUGAGACCGACAUCCUCUUCCUGGUGCCCACGGAGAUCGCCCUGGCCCAGCACAGAGCCAAUGCCAAGAGUGCCAAGACCUAUACCUACCUGUUUGCCCACCCCUCUCGGAUGCCCGUCUACCCCAAAUGGGUGGGAGCCGACCACGCCGAUGACAUCCAGUACGUCUUUGGGAAGCCCUUCGCCACGCCCCUGGGCUACCGGCCCCAAGAUAGGACCGUCUCCAAGGCCAUGAUCGCCUACUGGACCAACUUUGCCAGAACAGGGGACCCCAACAUGGGCCACUCUGCCGUGCCCACGCACUGGGAACCCUACACCACGGAGAACGGCAACUACCUGGAGAUCACCAAGAAGAUCAACGGCAGCUCCAUGAAGCAGCAGCUGCGGACCCACUACUUGCGCUACUGGACACUCACCUACCAGGCGCUGCCCACCGUGACCGGCGAUGGGGCCACCCCUGAACCCCCCAUGGGAGAUUCUGAGGCCGCCCCCGUGCCUCCCACUGGGGACUCCGAGGCUGCCCCUGUCCCCCCCACGGGAGACUCUGAGGCCGACCCCGUGCCCCCCACAGAUGACUCCGAGGGGGCUCAGAUGCCCACAGUCAUUGGCUUCUAG